UCCGUCCUUCGCGCCCGCCCAGCGGCCGCGUGAACUUCAAGUCCCAGCGAUCCUCGACAUCAGCGGACUUGGAACGAGCUCGGCGGAAACAUGGCAGCGCCCGGCGGCGGCAGCACGUGCGACGCCGCGGAGAGGUCCCUCGUGGCGCGGGUGCCGCCGCUGCUGAGCGACCUGUACCAGUUCUCCAUGGCUUACGGCUACUGGCGCGCCGGGCGCCACCGCGAACAUUCCGCCUUCGAGCUCUUCUUCCGGGAAAACCCCUUCGGCGGCUCCUUCUCGCUCUUCGCCGGCCUCGACGACUGUCUGCUCUUCCUGCGCAACUUUCGCUUCACGGACCAAGACGUGGACUUCCUGCGAUCCGUUUUACCGCCGGCGACCGACCCCGCCUUCUUCCAGUUCCUGCGAAGUCUCGACUGUUCCGAGGUCACGCUCCGCUCCGUCCCGGAGGGCACGGUGGUCUUUGCCCGGGAGCCUCUGAUGGAGGUCGCGGGUCCGCUGGCCGUGGUGCAGCUUCUGGAGACAAGUUUGCUUUGUCUGGUAAACUACGCCAGUCUCGUUUGCAGCAAUGCCGCCCGCUUCCGCCUGGCGUCUGGCCCCCGCAGGAAACUGCUGGAGAUGGGGCUCCGGAGGGCCCAGGGGCCCGACGGAGGGCUGACGGCUUCCAGAUAUUCGUAUAUUGGCGGGUUUGAUCUCACCAGCAACGUUCAGGCUGGCUUGCUGUUCGGGGUCCCUGUCGCGGGCACCAUGGCGCACUCCUACGUCACCUCCUUCACCUCGAUGGAUGAAGUCUCGCCGCGAACCCUGGUCGAUUUGAACGGGGACCGCCAACCGGUGGACUUCAUUUCGCUGACCAAGGGUUGGCUGGGUCGGCUGUGCGAGCUUUUGGGGGCGGAGCCCGGAAAGAUCCACGAGGGCGAAUUGGCCGCCUUCCUGUCAUACGCCGUCGCUUACCCCCACAACUUCCUGCCGGUGAUUGACAGCUACAGUGUGAACUGCGGCCUGUUGAACUUCUGCGCCGUGGGCUUGGCGCUGUGCGAACUCGGUUACAAGCCCGUGGGAGUUCGCCUGGACAGCGGCGACCUCUGCGGGCAAUCGGUGGAUGUCCGUCGUGUCCUGAGACUCUGCAGCGAGCGUUUCUCGACCUCCGCCUUUGAUUCGCUCAUCAUCGUUGCGACCAACAACAUCUCAGAGGAAACCAUGGUGGAAUUCAACAACAAGGAGAACGAGAUCGACGUGGUCGGCGUCGGAACGCAUCUCGUCACCUGCACUAAACAACCCUCGCUGGGGUGUGUUUAUAAGCUGGUGGAGGUGGGGGGCAAGGCCAGGAUGAAGAUCAGCGAAGAUCCACAGAAGAGCACCGUCCCGGGAAGGAAAAGCGUCUACAGGCUAAUCGAUGCUGACGGACAUCCCUUUCUGGACCUGUUGUGUCUGGCGCCGGAGCCGGCGCCGGAGGCCGGACGUCAUCUGAGAUGUCAUCCUCUGACUGCCGAUGGCACUCCUCUGUCUGUCACGCCAGCUCAGGUUAUUUGUCUGCGCCAGCAAAUGUUUACCAAAGGCAAGGUGACGCAACCUCUGAGGAGUGCUGCAGAGACAAAAGCCAACGUCCAGCGCUCCCUCCAGAGCCUUCACCCUCGACAUAAGCGGCUACAAGAGCCGGAUUCUUACACGGUGGCGCUAUCAGAGCAACUAUACAACUUGGUGACAGAGCUAAGAAGAGGCAGUACAAAGAACUUCAUCUUGGGCAAUUAAAGAACAUAUUUUAUGCUUUGAAAAA